AUGGCAGACCACCUUCAAGUUCAGCGGCAACAACUAAAGUUCCCUCAGGGGUUCAGGUUUCACCCGACGGAUGUGGAGAUCAUCACCUCCUACCUAGUCCCUAAAGUGUUGAACAAAGCAUUCGACCCCAUAGCGAUCGGGGAGGUGGACCUGAACAAAUGUGAGCCGUGGGAACUCCCCGAGAAGGCGAAAAUGGGGGAGAAGGAGUGGUACUUCUUCUCCCAAAAGGACCGCAAGUACCCCACCGGUAUACGGACUAACCGAGCCACGACUUCCGGCUACUGGAAGGCCACUGGAAAGGACAAGGAGAUCUUCCACCAUGUGACUACAAGUCUCAUCGGCAUGAAGAAGACGUUGGUCUUCUACAAGGGUAGGGCGCCAAGGGGGGAGAAGACCAACUGGGUCAUGCAUGAGUAUAGGCUCGAGUGUGGAAAACAAGGAACACCUGGUCUACCCACCGACAUCACCACCGCCACAGCCAUUAAUGCAUCUUCCAAGGAGGAGUAUGUGGUUUGCAGGAUAUUCCAUAAGAGCACUGGACUCAAGAAGGUAGUUGUGUCGUCGUACGCCAUUCCCAUGUCAAUGCCCAUGGGAGCAGAGGAGCAACAUGCCUUCCAUGAAUCCGGUACAUUACCUCCUUUCAUGGGCUAUGGUGCAUCAUCAUCCCUGGUGCCCCCAUCGUCCGUACCUACAUCUUCUUCAUACCAGCUGCAUGACGUUGGGGCCAGAUCGUCAAUGAUGGGUAGUGCGGUGCUCCCGAUGAUGAACGACCACUAUUUCAGGAAUCACCACUACCAGAAUAUGGCUACCCCACCACGACCGUUGGUGUCGUUCUACCACCAUGACCACCACCACCAGCAACAACAACAACAACAACACAUGAUUCAAAUGCCGAUGCAGAUGCAGAUAGGUGCAGAUGAGGGCCUUAUGAUCGGGGUCGAGCCUGGGAGCGGGCCGUCAUCCAUAGUGUCGCAGGAGGACACUUUGGCCAGGUUCAGCAGCAACGACGUUGCAACAACUGCUGAUGAGAUCUCGUCAGUGAACAUGGGUACGGAUGACAUAUGGAAGUACUGA